GGAAGAUAACCCGACUCACCUGUUGCGUGUCCCUGUCCCACCAUUCCGCGUGCGCUCGCCUCCGUUUCAGCACCAUGGAGAGCUCUUCUACCAAGCUGGACGCUGCAACCUUUCUUCGGAUCUGGAGACUGUUUGAUACAGACGAUAAAGGCUAUAUCGAGGGGAAGGAACUGGAUGACUUUUCCCACCAUAUUAUGAAGACAUUAGGGACAACUGACAAGAUUACGGAGGAGAGACUGCGAGAACUCAGAGACGGCAGCGCGGAUGGACUCCUGCGAAUCACAGAGUUAGCCACGAUCAUCCUGACAGAGGAAGAGAACUUUUUAUUGCUGUUCCGCAGGGAGACGCCCCUGGACAACAGCGUGGAGUUCAUGAGGAUCUGGAGGCGCUAUGAUGCCGACAGCAGUGGGUUCAUGUCGGCUGUGGAGCUUAAGAGUUUCCUGCAGGAUCUGUUUGAGCAGCACGACAAGUACAUCACCCCUGACAAACUUGAGCAGUACACCAACACCAUGAUGAAAAUUUUCAACAAAAAUCAAGAUGGUCGGUUGGAUUUAAAUGACCUGGCCAGAAUUUUGUCCUUGAAGGAAAACUUCCUGCUGAAGUUUGAAAUGGAUGCCAGCAGUCAAAAGGACAGGAAGGAAGAUUUUGAGAAAAUAUUUGCUCACUAUGAUGUAAGUAAGACAGGAGCACUGGAAGGACCUGAAGUGGAUGGCUUUGUUAAAGACAUGAUGGAGCUGGUCAAGCCCAGCCUGAGUGGUGCAGACUUGGACAGGUUCAGAAAGGCGCUGCUUAGCCACUGCGACGUGAACGGUGACGGAAAGAUCCAGAAGAACGAGCUGGCCCUGUGUCUGGGGCUGAAGCUGUCUCCCUGAAGCUGUCUCCCUGAAGCUGUCUCCCUGAAGCACCUACGCAGCAACAUGGAACAUUCUUAUAGGAUAGCUGCUAAUGCUAACACAAGUCAUGUAGCAUCCAGCAAUACAAGACACACAACAUAGAUAUGAUUAUUGGUGGUUUUUAUAUAAUACUGAUUUUAUCCUUUGACAUUAAAAAUAUUCUAUUACAUUGUGACGGCGACUGAAUGACAUUACCAAAAUUAUUAUUGUUGUUGUUGUAGUUGUUGUUAUUUUGAAAGUAAAUACUGUGUUGUAUUGACCAUAACAUCUGGUCUAAAUGAUCUUUUAAACUUAUACAUUUUACUGUAUCUUGCAUGUGGUGUGGGGGUUUUCUUUCUUUCUCAUUUCUUGGCUGUUUCUGGUGCUUCAGAGUUGGUAAUAGAUAAAGGUGGCUUGCUGUCAUGCUGAAAA